AGCGCUUCUUCCCCUCUUCGAUUCUCCCUGUUCCUGUUUGCGGCUUUGGCUAUUAUUAAUGCAUUCAUCAAAGUCAAUAAAAACCCCGUCGUCGUCUAAGCAAUACUAAGGACGCAAUUUGUUGCCGUACAUGUACUUAUACAUCUACUUCAGACCACUAAGUAGAAUAUUAAAAAUAAUUCGCAACUCCUGGUAAUAGGACGACACAUUCGCAUAAUAUUGCCAUCUUCAUCGACAGUAGCAUAAAGCAUCAACACCUACAUCGUCCUUCAUCGUUCAACAUCAUCACUACACGACCACAAAAAUGUCUGCCGUCGAAGCACCCGCGGGUGAGGAGAAGGCCAAGCCCAAGAUCAAAACGAUGGGUCCUUUGGAAACAGAUAGAUUUCUUCCCAUGGUCAAUACAUACUUGGAGAACGAUUUCGCGGAUGCACUUUAUGACUGGUUUACUCUUCGUCUCCAAUAGCUAGCUGCUUAAACAUUUUUCCAAGUACAUACAAGCAAGCUCAACGUCAGUUGAUUCUUCGACCACGUAAACUCGUCAACUUGUUCUUCUUCUCUAUAAUUCAAAUCUACAUACAUUUGCUACUUUUGCUGCUAAAAAGCAAGAUACAUUACUGUUCUAGUUCAUUGUAAAAUCAUCGCGAUCGCCUAGCUCACGACCCUAAAAACUUACUACUCCCUUCUUGCUCCUCUUCCACAGUCCACAGUCCACUUUCUUCAUACCUGAGCCAACUUCGCCGAGCAGUACUGCCGAGAGUUCCGAAAGCUGACGAAUGAGCAGAUUGCUACCAUGAACUUCGAGACGCACAAACAUCGCUACCACGACUUGUGGCAUGUGUAUGUGCGGUCAAUUGAAAAAAGUCUAGCCGACUUUUGUCAUUCUAGACGAAUCAAGGAAGAGGAACUGGAAAUGACGAUCAAGCAAUACGAGGACUUGGAAUCAGACGGCGAAGAAGCCGAAAAUGGAGGUAUUCAUUAUCUGUGUGAACAAGAAUACUUGUCCUCUUGGUCUUCAAGGUAUAAUUCUUGAACAAUACUUGUCUUGGUCUUCAUUAUCUGCUGCACAAGGAAGAUUAUUCUUGAAUACUUGUCUUCAAGGUAGAAUUCUUGAACAAUACUUGCGGUCUUCAUUAUCUGCACGACCUCCAGGAAGAUAUUUUUACAGAACGAGGACUUGAAGACUUGUUGCGCUUGUUCCACCUCGUUUUAAGUACUUAAUCGUACAGAAGAACUUCGAAAAUGUUGAAUGGUCCUUGUCUUCUCGUACAUUUUUUUACAGUUCAAAAUUCGUAGAUGCUGCAGCUCAGUUGUCACCACUAUUUGCUUCGAAAUUCUUCGACCACCACGAGGACUUCUAUCACCACUACAUCAACGAACCCCUUCUAGGUAAGGGAGCAAUCGAUAGAGAAUGCAAGCGACUCCUAAGAGGUUUCAUUGCAACAACAGAGUAUCAAAGCUUCAUGGAAUUUAUGGUCUCUUACGUUGGGGAAAUAGACGAAUCCGAUGGUUCAGGAAAUGAGGAGGAAGUUUGUUGAAUGGCUCCUACUGCAACUUGUACUUGGACGUGCUGUAAAAAGUUGCAUAAGCAUAUUACUACCUGAGUAAAUCCUCCUUCAGACGAGCAGGCACAUCAGGUAGUGGGAAAGCACCAUAUUGACAUCGCAUUCGCCGUACAACAUACACGACGCACACUACUUGUUCAUACCAUGCUUUACAAAGCAAAAAUGGUAAUUCCGAGGAUCCCAGACACAAUGAACCUCUUCACUUCUGUGACCACAACAAGGAGAUGACACCACCCCCCCACAUGAACCUGAAUGUUCAACUACAAUUACUGCUCCCUUCCCAAAAAGUGACGCUUGAUAAUAAUAAGUAACAUCUUUCGCGCGCGUGCUAGAAAUAAUGGAUCUGUCGUGUGUACCGCCCUCGUGCCUGUAGGUUCAUGAAUAUUGCGAGCUCGAGUCCGACACGCUUAUCAUGAUGUGCUCUGCUCCUCGCACCGGAG